UGCAAAUGGGCCCAUAAAAAAGCCUAUUAGGGCUAUUUUACCAUGCAAAAUAUAAAUGCAUGCGGGAAAGUGUAUGAACUUCGUUCCAAGAGAUAAAGAAGAUAACGAACACCAAAUCUUGCCAAGAAAAAAAUAAAAAUUGGAGAGAUGCCUUGUGAAGUAUGUGGUCUGUCAGCAAGGAAUAAAUUAUGUGAUGGAUGCCUUAAUGGGGCCAAAGCCUUACAUGCCUUAUUAACCACCAACUCUGAUAAUAACAGUGCAAAUACAAGAGGACCUGUCAACAAUUCUACAUGUCAUGAAGUUACUUCUCCAUCCAACUUAUCUGUUAGUAAGGGAUUUACAUACGCCUUGCGACGGGCAGUGGAAAUGAAAGAGAAGCUUAACUAUCAGAGUAGUUGUCUUGAUGCUUUUAAAGGUCAAGUUAAUAGAGAUAUUCUAGUUAAACCUGGAAACAAUAGCCCAGCAAUAACAGUACAUAAGUCUCUUCUGUCUGCAAGUUCUGUUAUCUUCAAGUUCAUGUUGGAUUCGGAUGGAUGCAAAGCUCCGCCAGGUCACACGAUAACACUCCCGGAGUUGAGCUACCUGGAGCUGCAUGCUCUCCUUGAUUUUCUUUAUCGCGGGGAAUUGCCGAAAGAAAAAUUGGACAAACAUAUCCACUCAUUGUCAGCUGCAGCAGACAAGUAUGAAAUAAAAUUCUUGCAGAAAUACUGUGAGCACCACAUGUUGGCAUCUUUGAACACACUGAAUGCUCUCGAUCUUUUGGAGAUUUCAGACACACAUAAAUCUUACCCGCAUUUGAGGGUGGCUGCCAUGAACUUCAUCAUUGAGAAUGUCGAGUGCAUUGUCUUCACACCUAAGUACGAUGCAUUUGCAGUCAAGAAUCCUCAUCUAAAUCUUCAGAUUACAAAGGCUUCUGUCGCCAGUAACAUAAAGAAGAAACAGAGAAUUUGACCUAGGCAUAUGAUAUGUACAGGUGUUUUCGUUGUUAACUUAGGUUAGUAUUGGUUAUAUACAGUGACUAAUUAAGGAUUUCUUUUCCUUUUAUGUAAUUAAAUCGACUUAUUACUGUGGCUUGAAAAUAAAAAGGGGGAAAUACUAAAAGAGGACUAAGAAGGAGUG